AUGGCGUCAUCAUCAUCCACCACCCACCCCCCGGUGCUCAAGCAGCCCGUCAAGCUCGCAUGCGUGCAACUGGCCUCGGGCUCCGACAAAGCCGCCAACCUAGCCCACGCCGCCGUCAAAGUGCGCGAGGCCGCCCAGACCGGCGCCAAGAUCGUGGUCCUCCCAGAGUGCUUCAACUCGCCCUACGGCUGCGACUACUUCCCCUCCUACGCCGAGACACUGCUCCCCUCACCACCCACGCCCGCCCAAUCCCCCUCCUACCACGCCCUCUCCACUAUGGCGCGCGAAAACGCCAUCUACCUCAUCGGCGGCUCCAUCCCCGAGCUGGCCACCUCCGCCUCCGAACCCUCCCAAAACACCUACUACAACACCUCCCUGACCUUCUCCCCGUCGGGCGCCCUCCUCGCCACGCACCGCAAGAUCCACCUCUUCGACAUCGACAUCCCCGGGGGGGAUCACCUUCCGCGAAUCCGACGUGCUCUCCCCCGGCAACCAGCUGACCAUGGUCGACCUGCCCGACUGGCCACCAUCGCCGCGCGCCGCGGCUGCUUCGCCCUGGUCUACCCGGGCGCCUUCAACCUGACGACGGGCCCGCUGCACUGGGAGCUGCUGGCGCGGGCACGCGCGGUCGAUAAUCAGCUCUUGGUGGCGGAUCCGAUGGCGAAGGUGUUGGCGGAGGCGGGGGAGGGGGAGGGGAUUGUGGUGGUGGAGUUGGAUGGGGAGAGGAUUGAGCUGGCGAGGAGGGGGAUUCCGUUGAGGGAUCAGCGCCGGUUUGAUGUGUAUCCUGAUGUUAGUCGGGUGCAGUGA